AUGGACAGCCGCACCGGCCCGGGGAACACCAGCGACUGUUCUGACCCCUUGGCUCCGAGUUGCUCCCCAGCACCUGCCUCCUGGCUCAACUUGUCCCAUGUAGAGGGCAACCAGUCUGACCCAUGCGGUCUGAACCGCACCGGGCUUGGCGGGAGCGACAGCCUGUGCCCUUCCGCCGGCAGUCCUUCCAUGGUCACAGCCAUAACCAUCAUGGCCCUCUACUCUAUCGUGUGCGUAGUGGGCCUCUUCGGAAACUUCCUGGUCAUGUAUGUGAUCGUCAGAUACACCAAGAUGAAGACUGCCACUAACAUCUACAUUUUCAACCUUGCUCUGGCAGACGCCUUAGCAACCAGUACACUGCCCUUUCAGAGUGUCAACUACCUGAUGGGAACGUGGCCCUUCGGCACCAUCCUCUGCAAGAUCGUCAUCUCAAUUGAUUACUACAACAUGUUCACCAGCAUAUUCACCCUCUGCACCAUGAGUGUGGACCGCUACAUUGCUGUUUGCCACCCAGUCAAGGCCCUGGAUUUCCGUACCCCCCGAAAUGCCAAAAUUGUCAAUGUCUGCAACUGGAUCCUCUCUUCUGCCAUUGGUCUGCCUGUAAUGUUCAUGGCAACCACAAAGUACAGACAUGGGUCCAUAGAUUGCACCCUCACGUUCUCCCACCCUACCUGGUACUGGGAGAACCUGCUCAAAAUCUGCGUCUUCAUCUUCGCCUUUAUCAUGCCGGUCCUCAUCAUCACCGUGUGUUAUGGACUGAUGAUUUUACGACUCAAGAGCGUCCGCAUGCUGUCAGGCUCCAAAGAAAAGGACAGGAACCUGCGUAGGAUCACCAGAAUGGUGCUGGUGGUCGUGGCUGUGUUUAUCGUCUGCUGGACCCCUAUCCACAUCUACGUCAUCAUCAAAGCCCUGAUCACGAUUCCAGAGACCACCUUUCAGACGGUUUCCUGGCACUUCUGCAUCGCUUUGGGUUACACAAACAGCUGCCUGAACCCAGUUCUUUACGCGUUCCUGGAUGAAAACUUCAAACGAUGCUUCCGAGAAUUCUGCAUCCCAACCUCCUCCACCAUCGAACAGCAGAACUCCACUCGAAUCCGUCAGAACACUAGAGACCACCCCUCCACGGCUAAUACAGUGGAUCGAACUAACCAUCAGAAAAUAAAUUUAUUUUGA